GCAUCCAGCGUACAAGCUGGCAAACAGGACUGAACACCAGCCCUGCUUUUCUUGACUCCUACUUGGGCGUCUCUGAGUUAAUAAGCUCUCUCCAUUGUAUAUUCAGAUCAUUCAUUUACCCUUCCUUCCUCUCAGUUCAGUCAAUUGUCAGCUCUCUCCCUGCUGCAGGAAUUGACUGCUUACCCUGGAUCUACUGUCUCGAUAAUUACAUACUACCCCCCUCAUUAUUGCCAAAAUGCCUCUCUCACAUCUCACCUUGACCGUGUCACAACUCCCGCAGUCAACCUCCUUCUUCCUCUCUUGCCUGCAGCCGCUGGGAUACCAUUUCAUCGGCCGUCAUGAAGACUACAUUGGCUUCGGAUCCCAGCCCGGGGAACCCGCCGACUUCUGGAUCACUGAGGAGAAGCCUGGCGUUCCCGCUGGCGCAGCACAUGUCGCUUUCCCCGCUCCCUCAAAGGAUGCCGUGGGUUCAUUCUUCAUCCAGGCGCUCAAGGCCGGUGGUAAGAUCCACGGGGAGCCGAAAGUGCGCGAUGCGGACUCUGGCUACUUCAGCGCGGCCGUGAUUGACUUUGACGGUAACAGCAUCGAGGCUGUCUACCGGCCCGGCUGCUCGUCGAGUAGGUCGGCAGCUGGUGGACGGGCCUUGACUGUUGUCAAGGGCGGAUCAGUCGUCAACGGCGGCUCCGUCGUGUCCAGAGCAAAGUCGACCAGAUCAGAAAGCGUCUAUUCUUCUAGCAGGUCGGACUUCAACAAGCUGACCGCGCCUCCUGCUCAGUCUGUCGUGGACAUUGAUCGAGCGGCACCGUCAACCGUCUCGUACUCGAUGUACCAGCCGCAGCAAGCAUAUCAGCCCCAACAGCAGAAAUCAGAUGAUGGCAGCAAGACGGCCAAAACCAUCAUCGGCACCCUUCUUGGAGCCACCGCCGGUGCGGCCAUUGCAUAUGCCAUCACCAGAGAGGCGACGAGCUCGUCUCCAUCCAUGCCAGAACCGCAAUACACCAUCUCCGCUGCCCCAGCUCCUGCACCUGCUCAAUCCCGAGCGUCAGAGUACCAGGGCACGCGAGCGAUUGAGGCUGGCCCAGCUCAUAGCUUCUAUUCUGACGAGGACGCAUCUACGGUGUACUCCCGCAGCAAAGCUCCGUCUAAAGCUCCAUCCAAGAUCGCACGAGCCAGCACCAUUUACGAAGGCUCUGAAUAUUACCCCGUCGACGACCGUGCAGAGAGCGUGUACUCGGAGCAAUCAGGCAUCCAACGAACGGCCAAUGGCAGCGUCUACGCAACCAAAGAACUGCCCAUUCGAGCAAUUGACUUCCCACCGCAGGGAGAUCGAAGAUCGUCUGUCCCCGGAACCGCCAGCUCUUUCAUCAGCAGCUUCGUCGACAAGUCCUUCCACGGCGGUGAUAACGGAAGCGUCUGCUCCUCCUCGACCAUCAAGCCUACUCGCAGAGCCUCUGCUGACGACAGCGCCUCGCACUAUUCCUCCCGCUCCUCCUCCUCUUCUCACCAAUCUUCUGCCACCAGCAUGCGUGAAUACGCUGCAUCCGUGAAAUCAUCAUCCAAGGGCCCUGGCUCGACCUACUCCACGCGCACUGCCCGCGAGGUCCCUCUCCCAGAAGGCAGCGUCGCCUCUUUCAAAAGCGACGCGAAGAGCAUGCGCUCCGCCAAGGACAUCCCCCUCCCUGCUCGAUCGACCGUGAGCACCUCCUCCUACCGCAGCGACGCAAAGAGCAUGCGUUCAGCCAAAGACAUCCCCCUCCCCGCGGGCUCUACCAUCAGCGCCUCUUCCUACCGAAGCCACCGCUCCGCAAAGGACGUCCCUCUCCCUGAUAGCGCCAGUACCGUAUAUCACGACACUUGCGACAUCGACUCACACGUCACCCCCGACGACUCCAUCAGCCAAGUCGGCGAUUCUCGACGCUCGACAACCCGCUCCCACGCUUCGCAUCGCUCCAAGUCCCACUCGCACGUCUCGCAUGCCUCCAAGCGCUCGAGCAAGUUCGAUGAGCCCGUCAAACCGAGCGAUAGUGUCAGUCAGGUCUCGACGAAUGUCUCGCGAGCAUCUCAGCGGACUGUCAAGGCGGACGAUACCAGGUCGAAAGCUAGUAGUAGACGCGAGUGAAAGGGUGAACUGGUUAGUUAGUUAGUUAGUUCAAUCACUAACCAGCAUAACGUUUUGCUAUGUUAUGUUAUUAUCAGAUAUGUUGUG